CCCUCCUCACCUCCCUCUGAGAACAACUGGGGCUCUCAUGCCCUCCACGCAGUGACCAUUUUCUCCAUUCCUGUUAAACCCUGGUGUUCAUUUUGAACAUGGCGUCCCAAAUUCUCAAUCAGGCGCUGUUUGCUCUGCCGCAAAACCCCAAUCAAUGUUUUUCCCACAAGUUGGGUAUUUCUCCUAUGGUGUUAUGCUGCCCCUCUGCGCUUGGUUCUCGUAUUCUCCCUUUGUCUUCGAAAGUUGCUUCGAGCUCAAUUUUUCGGACUUGCAGUUCUCUCGUUGCUCAACCAAUUAAGUCUACGUUUGUUAUGAGAGCUGAGUCGAAUUCCGAAGCCGGAGGUGAAGCUAGCGAUAAUGUUGAAGAGACUGAGUCGACUGGUCCUGAAGAAGUUCAGGAAGCUGAAGCGGAGGAAGUGUCGGACUCUGAUCCUAAAUUAGAUGAACCCAAGCCUCCCAGAAAACCACGAGUUAGGCUCGGAGACAUUAUGGGGAUAUUGAAUCAGAGAGCAAUUGAGGCAUCUGAUAAGGAGAGGCCAACUCCGGACCUAAGGACUGGUGAUGUUGUGGAAAUUAAAUUGGAGGUUCCUGAAAACAGGCGUAGGUUGUCUGUUUAUAAAGGUAUUGUUAUAUCAAAACAAAAUGCUGGUAUUCACACAACAAUUCGAAUCCGAAGAAUUAUUGCCGGUGUGGGGGUUGAGAUAGUCUUCCCAGUGUACUCACCAAAUAUCAAAGAAAUCAAAGUAGUGAGCCACCGAAAGGUCAGGAGAGCCAGGUUGUACUAUCUGAGAGAGAAGCUUCCCAGACUGUCCACUUUCAAGUGAUCUGGUGUGGCUGCCCCACUUCCCCUCUUGUUUCAUCCUCAAAAUGGCGUGCUGAAUUGGGAGAAGUUGUGUAUUUCAGGGGCCGUAUUUCGAUUACUUCCAUUCGUUUGCUGUAAAGUAAAUUAUGCCAUUUUUUCUUUGGUAGAAAGUCCGAUCAUAUUUAUGUUUCUUUUUUUCUUUUUUAAAUGCACUCUUUCUAUCAUAUUUCCUCUCCAUCAUUAAUUUUCCGAGCAAUCAUGGCAAGUAUGCUUCUCCUGAAA